GGUAUGGCAGGCCUCGGCUCAUGGACCGAGGAGACGGUUAUGGGGUGAACGGUCUGCCGGUCAGUUGGAGAUCUGCGACCGGCGUCAGGAGCGCCGGCCCAGGACACACAGCGAGAGAGCAGGAAGCAGAGUCCAGAGGUCCAGUGCCACUGAAUCCAAUGACGUUACUCAUCUUGUCAGAUUGACCGCGAUGCUAUGGGAUGGAUGGCAGAGUUGGUUGAAGGGGCUGCAGGACCUUCUAAUGUUCCUACUUCUACAAAUGCUCUGCCGCAGAAGGCAGUGGCGGCCGUCUCUGGAUGCAUUCAAGAGAGACAAUGGCUGUAGUAAUGAAGAAGAUCCACAGUGCCCUACUGCAGAUAAUCUUUCACUCCUUUGGCUCCAGGAUUGCGAAGCCCAAAGCAUCUGAUGUCCUAACACAGCAUUUACUUCAGAGAAACUUCCCCUAUUGGACAUCAUACUUUGUGAAAUACAGUUCUGUGGAAAAUGAUCAGUUUGGACUCUCAUAUUUUAACUGGAAUGUUAAAGGAAUCAAUUAUCAUAUUUUAAGGACAGGCUGUUUCCCAUACAUCAAGUACCACUGCUCCUUGGCACCCCAAUACAACCUGGAAUCACAAAACAAGUUUUUCACUGCACUGAAAGUUCUUAACCUGGGUAUCCCCUGUUUGGCCUAUGGGAUUGGUGCAUGGUUUUUCGUCAGUGUCACCGAGGUUGUUCACACCACUUCUGGCCCAGUGAAUAUCUACUUUCUCUACCAGGAAGAUUUAAGAGCCAAACACUGAAUAUCAUCCUGCAUUUAAUUAAUCAUGAAUUCACUGAGUUAGUGCAAUAACUGAAAAAUAAAGUAUUUAUCUGAAACAAAUUGUAGCCUGCAGAUUUCUUUAAUAUAUAAAAGGCAACUAUGCCCUUUGUUUAAAAUAUAUUUUUGUAAAUGCUAUUGGAAUUAAUUUCACCAAAAAUAAAAUCU